CUACAAAUUGUUUGCAUAACAAUAACUACUCCCUUUGCAUAUUUCUCUUUCUUGUUUACCUUGGAAGCAUUUUAUAUCAUUUGAGAAAGAAAUAUUUCUGUUAUGGAUGACGAAGAUCUUGAUUUUGGUACAACAAAAUCCAGAAAUGUAAAACAAGGUCGACGAGCUAAAAACAUUCCUGAUAAAGUGGCAGAUGAACCCCAAGAAGAAGAAGUUUCUUCCACUCCACCACCAUCAAAAGAGAAUGGACCCCCAGGUCGACCUGCUAAAGCAAUGUCUGGUUGGGGAGAAGAAACCCCCAAAUCAAGGGGACGUUCCAGGCAACUAGGAGAGGGAUUUGAACAUUUUGAAGAUGAGAGACUUCGACCAAGGUCCCCAGAGAAAGAUGACGAUGACUCUGAUUCUGAAAUUCCAGCUAUUCCUGAACUGGAAGACCAACAAGAAGAGGAUAUGACAUCCAAGGUAGCAGUGGCACCGAAUGUGGCUGUGAACCGAGUUGCAACCUAUCGAGAGUUGGAUAGUGACCUCCUCAGACAGGCAGCAUUUCUUACCUUAGACAAUGAAGUUGAUCUGAAAUUACUGGCUAAAUCAUUGUCAACUGAGGCAGAUGUAAUAGAGGAUGACCGACCAUGGGACUGGGAUAGAUUGUUUACAGAGGUAACGUCUGAACUUCUCCUGGAUAUGGAGAAAGAGGAACAACCAGAGUCUGAACAUCCUAUUGGAGUUGUUUGAUUUGUUUCAUUGUUGCUUGUGACUGCAUAUUACAUAUGACUUCUUUUCAUCUGUACUCAAAGUGUGUGUUCUGCAAGGUUUUUUUCUUCUUUUAAGUCAUGGCUACCAAUACAUUUGAUGAAUCCAUGACAUUUGUACCAUCUUUGGUUAAUAGUUUCAAUCAAUAUCAAUAUAUUCCGUCAACUGCUAUUUAACACUUUGAAUUCCUGUAGGCACACAUUGAAUACACACAACAGAUUACUUUUCCACUUGUUGUAUAUGUUGUUUUGUAUGUAAGUGUUCAUUUUUGUUUAAAGGGCCUCCAAAGUUUGUAGCCAUUGCUAAGAUGUUGUCGACUAACAGAGAUGUGAAUGACUAAACAUUAAUAUUAAUACAUUUUGCUGUAUAAAAUAUCAGUAGUCUUAUAUUAAAUGUGUUUCUGAUCAUCCUAGUGUUUGUACUAGUUCAAACUUCAUUUUAUUUCAUAAUACAAAUUUGUUUUUGGUACAUACAAAAUUAUUUGUAGACAAAUCCAUUUUGGACUCCAUACAAAUGUUAGAAUGACAAGAAAGUGAAUAAACGGUCACUGAUAUUCUAUACAAGAAACUAUAUUUAAUAUGUAAUUUUAGUCGUUAAAAGAGUUUAUUAGCCAGAAAUAUCUUAACAAUGGCAACAAACACGGGACAGUGUCUUUAAUAUUUCAUUGUACAUGUUUUGUAUAAAAUAUAAAUUAUUUUCACUGA